CUCAGGUUCGUCAGUCUGUGCGAGUCCCGCCCAAGUCCUGCCAUAAUAGUUCUCUCACUGGCAGUGGUCCUUCCCUCACUUCGCAACAAUGACUGAUCUAACGUAUUGCUACUUGCAUAUGACGAAGGACGAGCUCGCCGUUCUGGAUACCAUUGGCACUGCAGAUUAUCUCAAAGGCGAACUCUCGGAUGACGAUGUUGAUAUACCUUCACAUAUGGUCCCUCCUAAUCCGGAGGACGCUGACGUUUUGCCAUCACAAGUACAUCCCUCAUACCCUUACGGAAAUCCGUUCAACAUCAAGCACCCUGCGGCGAGACCUCGACGCCCAUAUGAUCCGUCAUCUCGCGCUCUGUUCGAAGAUAUGGGCUUUUCGGGUGGUGGUGUGAACGGAUCUUUACGCUGGAAGGACCUUGCACUUGACACGCUCUAUCCGAUCGAUGAAGCGCGCCAAGAGGCUGAGAGGGCUGCUCAAGCGCGUAAGAUGGCAAGUGGGGCUAGCACCAAUCAACCACCACCCCCGCCUCCGCCUACUCAGAUACAACAGCCUGUAGAAGAAGAGGACGAGGAGGAGCACGAUGAGAAUGAAGAUAACGGCGACGAUGACGAUGUUGAAGCAGUAUCAAGCGAGGAUGAUGACUAGCCCGUGUAUCCGAGUCGGAUUAGUCUGGUGUAUACUAGCAGUGAUACAAAUU